GUUGAGGGAGGGGGAAGAGAGCGAGAGAGAGAGAAAAAAGGAGUAAGAGCAAGAAAAGUAGAGACGUGGUGUCGAAACAUAGGAAUUUAAUAGUGGUUUUUUAGAUAAUAGCUUGAUAGUCGUUGUUGUUCUCCAUUUUAUUUCGAUAUUUCGCCUAAUUUUUGUUAACUAAUCGAUAAGCUCUGAAAUGGCUUCCUUGGUCGCCGAUUACGGCACUUCCUCAGGCUCCGAGAGCGACGUUCACGAUUCUUCGUGCUCUGAAGAUUCCGAUGACAACAUUUGCAAGGAGGAGGAGAAGGAAGAUGAAGAGAACGGUGUUCAGGAGGAUAUUGACUACGAUAUGAAUAUUACAACAGAGCAAACUUCCAGGGAUAAACUUCCAUUACCAACGCCAGACUUCAAUGUAACACCGACACUGAAAACGUCAGUAUUUUCAAACCCGUUUGUAGAAGCGGAGAAAGCAAAGAGUGCAAUAUUAGAGAAACACGUCAAAAUGACGCCAACCUUAGACGAUACGAAAAUGAUAAAUGGCAAAAAGAUAUGCUGGAACUAUCGCAAGGGACGAUGUCGGUUUGGUCACAACUGCACUUUUGCGCACGAUUCCGACCUCCACCGAUCAGCCAUUGAGCUAGAGUCGGCGCGAGCUCCGCAAGAGACGUUGAUUUGUCAAACGCAGUACAAUGGUCAGGCAACUUUUAACGAAGAAGACGAAGUAGAUCAGGAGAAUAACCAAACGCACAAACGUAAAAAACGGCCUGGGUUAACACAGAAUCUUGUUCCGGGAAAGAAAGUUAUGAAAAUGUACAAAGCGCAACAAACUAAAACAAUUACUAGAUAAAUUUACCAUUAUAUGAAAUCUCAUUACAUCUACAUUUAAUCCUAGAGCAGCAAGGUAAUUGCUAUUCGAGUAUGUUUUCCAGAUUUAGUGAAAUUUAUUUUUCUCUACUUCGUCUGUUCAUAAUCUUAUUAAGAAAUGUUCCUAGAGUUUCAGGUAAAAUUUCCAAUUGACGACUUUGCUAUAUUUCAAAUUUAAUGAACCUAAAUAUCCACUACAGGAAAAAUGCUUCCGUAGAAUUCAGACAUGAGCUCUCUUCGUUAAAAAACUUGUUUCUUCUCUCUCAUCUGGACGAAUCUAAAAUGUUGAGGGUUUUGAUAGGUAAAAUGUUUGUGAUUUGUUUUGUUUUUUUAGAAUUUAAUUUUGGAUCAAGUUUUUUU